AUGAGCCGGUUCUUCAGCUCCAGCGCGCCGUUGGCCCGCGUCGAGAACGUCAUGAUCAUCGGCUCGGGGCUGAUGGGCAGCGGCAUUGCCCAGUCCUGCGCCACAACGGGCAAGUUCAAGUCGAUCACCCUGCAGGACGUCUCUGAGGAGCAGCUGGGCAAGGCGCACAAGAAGAUCGCGGCCAAUCUGGCGUCGAUGGCGGAGAAGAAGCGAACUGAAGCCGCCCACCGACGCCAACCUCCUGGUGAUCGAANCAAACUUGACAAGCCCGCCGAUGAGGUGGCCGCCCGCAUCUCCACCACCACUCAGCUGAAGCCGCCCACCGAUGCCAAUCUGCUGGUGAUCGAGGCCAUCCCCGAGCUGCUGGAGCCGAAGCAGACGCUCUUCAAGACGCUCUCCGCCCAGUUCAAGGGCUCCAGCUCGGUGAUCCUCGCCACGAACACCAGCUCGCUCGCCUGCAGCGAGAUUGGCAAGCACGUCGAGGAGAAGGCCACUUUUGCCGGACUGCACUUCUUCAACCCCGUCCCGCUGAUGAAGCUAGUGGAGAUCGUCCGCACGCUGGACACUUCCCAGGAAACCUACCAGUCGCUCGCCCAGUUCGUGCAGGACAUCGACAAGGUGGGCGUCGAGUGCAAGGACACGCCCGGCUUCAUCGUCAACCGCCUGCUGGUGCCCUACAUGCAGGAGGCGAUUCGCAUGCUGGAGCGAGGCGACGCCACCGCCCGCGACAUUGACGUCGCCAUGAAGCUGGGCGCAGGCUACCCGAUGGGCCCCUUUGAGUUGCUUGACUACGUCGGCCUGGACACCAACAAGUUCAUCGUGGACGCGUGGUCGGCCCGAGGCGAUCCCAAUCUGACCAUCUACAAGUCGAAGCUGCUUGAGUCGAUGGUCGCCAAGGGCAAUCUGGGCAAGAAGACGGGCAAGGGCUUCUACGACUACUCCUCGGGCAAGAAGCAGUAA